AUGGGUAAUUCAGCCUCUCGACAUGCCGCGCAACAGAUUCAACGAGCCGCUGGAAAAGAAGCGGGGAAGGCUGCCGCUGCUGCUCCUCCCAGACCUCCGCCUCUCGGUCGUGCCUCGGCCGAUGCUCCUGCUGUCAUUGAGGACGCCGAAAAGGCACUCCAAGAACGCCAACAACGGGAAGCCAUAGAGUUUUCAAAGCCUCAACAAGCGCCACAACCCAAGGAUCCCGCAACGGCGACAAGACCACCACCUCCUCCUCCUCGCCCUGACAUCAAUACAGGUUUCUUGCGAGGCCAAAUUUCAGAUCCAAGAGAUGCCGCACAAGAGCAGUUUUUGGUUCACCAAAGUGGCAACAAGACCAAUGCACAGACACAGGAGCAACAAGAACUCGCCCCUGAUUUGCUCAAGUUCCUGCAGGAUGCUGGACCACUCGAGAAGAAGGUCAACAAGGAACUGACGUCGCCCCGGAUUCUCAAAGAACUAGAGCAAGAAAAGGGAGAAGAAUCGGAGAAAUUGCACAGGUUUGAGGCGGCUCAACGGAGACGCGACGACAUGAGGCUAGUGGACAACAUUGAGGGCUUUUCCACCCCUCGAACUACCAACUUCUUUACGUCUAGUACACUAGAGGAAGAAAAGGAUUUUGGCUUGACUGAUUUGGACUUGUAUGAGAUGCUUAAGCAACAAAAGGAUCCAGAGCAGUAUCAUACAGAGAAAGUGAGCGGCGCUGAAUGGUCCAAAGAGGAAAUCCAACAGCAGCAACAACUUUUGAAAGACACUUUGGAUUCCAUUGCACUCCCAGUAGUGGUCAAAGAUACCGAUAUGCAGUAUGUUGGCUUAUACCAAAAGGAACUUGACAAGGAAUUUGCCCACCAAAAAGUGGACAUUGUGGACGAAUCGAGAGUCAAGUUGGUUGUAGCGGAUCUGUAUGAUUUGGGAAAGAAGGAGAUCAAGCGAAUAAGAUAG